CAAAGAAGAUGAAUCCUUGCAGUCACGAAAGCUUUAAAUCGAAAAGAUCCCGCGUCUCUCGAAGGCGGCGGCCGCAGGAAGAUUGAAACGAACAAAUUAAAAUCGCGCUCCGCUGCCAACACCGCCCCCUGCCUACCGUAGCAUCGACAGCGGAGGGCGGCGGGCGGCCUCGAGGCGACCCGGCCCGGCUCGGCGGGACAGCGGCGGUCGCUGCUUUGCCCAGGGGAGAGAGGAGGGGAAGAGCGACGCCAACAAAAACUUCGACAUUUCCCCCCCUCUCCUCCGCCGUGGCAAAACGAAAUGUCUUACCAGCAGGCAGCCGAGGAGAGGGAGCGGAUCAGGCGCGAGAUCGAGGCCAUCGAGCGGUCGCUGCUCGAGAGAGGCGUCCGUAUCCCCAGCUCGGGGAGCGAGCCGGGCUCGACUAGCGACUCCUGCGAGGAAACGCGCGAGGAGGGCGGCGGGACAGAUUUCCUGCAAAGGAUUUCAGAUUUUGAUGCCACAAAUGUCACUCUGCAUCAACUGCAGGUGGGGGAAGUGGAUGCAGGCUCUGACUCAAGUGAGGAGGAUGAUGGUUUGCUACCCCAGGAUGCACCCACGUGCCUCUCCAUCAACCUCCUCUACCAGGAGCUUCUGCAGGAGCGACUCCGGGACCUUGAUGGGCUCUUGCAGCAGAACUGGGACCAGCAGGAGGCGCUAAAGCGUGAAUCUUUGGACAGGGACCUGGCCAGCGGAAUGGUCCGCUCAGCCCAAAAACACCUCCACCUUGGCAGUUUCCUGAAACCUUACUUCCGGGAUACUACUUCUGGACUGGGGCCUCCAGAUAAUCCUGAGACGAAAAACAUGACUUCCUGCGGACACAAGAACUUCACUGCUUAUGAUCUCCGUCGAUGGACUGAACGAGAGAAGGAGUCUUUAAGACAAGCAGUGCUGAUGGAUUCACUGCAGAGCCGUUUACAACCCUUGGUUACCAGGCUCAACACCACAGAGGUGAAAAUGGAGAGAAUGGGGGAGGAUGAAGACAAGUCGGCGAUUAUAAGCUCCAUCGACCUCAUGAAACAGGAUAUAAACAGAGUGAAAAAUCUCCCUGAAAAUGAACUUAUGGGCGACAAGGACGACCGCCACGAUUGGCUCAAAAUCGCUAAUUUUGACAUGGCAGGCAAGCGCAGCCCCACGGAGGUGGAGAAGUUCUGGAGGUACUCUCUGCACCCGGGCGUGAACGCGACGACCUGGCAGAGCCACGAGGACAAGGCCCUGCACAAGCUCGUCUCACAGCACGGGCACAACGCGUGGGGCGACAUCGCAAGCAGGCUCGGGACCAAUCGCACGGCGUUCCAGUGCUUGAGUCGGUUCCAGAGGACGAACCGCGCGUUCCGACGCAAGGAGUGGACUGAGGGGGAGAACGAAGCGCUCAUCCAGCUGGUGGAGGCUAUGCGAAUCGGGGAACACAUCCCCUUCACCCGCAUUGCGUUCUUCAUGGAUGGCAGAAGCCCCGCUCAGCUCAGCGGUCACUGGAAUAACGUGCUGAAGCCUGGGCUCCGCCACGGGGCCUGGAGCUCGCUUGAGGACGAUCUGCUGCUGCGUGCCGUCGAGCGUUUUGGCGAGCGUUGGUUUCUCGUUGCCAAAGAAGUUCCUGGACGCACGGAUUUGCAAUGCAGAGAGAGAUACGUAAACUGCCUCGCCGACGGUCUUGCCAAGGGCAUGUGGAGCAACGUUGAAGAUAAGAACCUGCAGAGCCUGGUCAACUAUUAUGGACCCGGUCAGUGGUCUGUCGUCGCAAAGGCCUUAGGAACACGCAGCAACAGUCAGUGCUCCAAGAGGUGGAAGAGACUCAACGAGAAACAAUCUCCCAGAGUAGAUUCAUUGUCGAGGAAGCGCAAGAAUUCCACUUCGCCGACUCUGGACGGGGAGGGGAUACCUGCAGUCAAAAUACGCCGAGCAGGAAGGCGGAAAACACGGUGGAAGAGGCAUCGAAGCGUCUACACAAUCUCCACUCCGCCACCAUCUCCACCACCGUCUUCGCUGUCAUCUUCGCCAUCGCCGCCGCCACCGUUAUCGUCAUCAUCAUCUGUUGAAAUGCGGUCCGACAGCGACGGUGAUGCUCAUGAGGCUGACGACGUGGUGGAUGCUUCGAACAAACGAAAAAUUACAUCGCAACACCACGAGGAUAAACGCGCAAAGCUGCUGCCGGGCGGAGCGGCGGGGAGUUCAACCAGGAAAACGACGCUCUGCGUCCCGAGCAUCGAUCUGUGGCUGCAUCCCAACCCUUGGGUGAUGCCAACCACCUCUGACCCUGCCGCGUUUCAAGAGAACGAUGAAGGGACUCAACUGAGAGAGGUUUCUGAGCCUCUUGGUCCCGGUCGGGUUUGGGGUUCACGGGGUCCUAGGGGUCGGGGGUACAGCCUUGAUCACAAGAUCUCUUUGGAGAUGAAGAAAUGGAGUCACUUGGCAGCAACCGUUUCACACACACAGCCUGAAUCGCAGACAACAGUUGAAUCGCAGGAUACAGCUGCCAAACUAACAACCAUUGAAGAAAUGGCAAGUGUUGAAGAGACAGCAGCUGCUCCGGAAGCAACCGCUGCUAAAGGCAAGACAGCUACGGUUGUGUGUAAAUCUCACAAGCUAGCAACAUCGUCAAGGAGCCUUGCUGAUGUGCUGGGAGAAAAGAUGGGCCAUCUCAACCUGAAGACAAAGUCCAUCUUUGAGCUGCUGCUCCAGGUUUUUGCAAUAGACCGUGUCGGGUGCCUUCGGAUGAUUAAUGAAAAACAAUUGGGGCUCCAAAUGACAAAGCUGCCAUGCCUGAGAACUGCAAAAGCUACCUUGACACAAGCCGGUGUGCGAUGCUUCCCACAAAGGCAGUCGGUGAGGGAUCUUCUUGCCCGGGCCACCUCCAUCUCCCAACAGCCACUGCCUCUGAUUCUGACCCCUAUAGCCCCUACAUCGCUCAGGAUUGGACAAGGAGGGUCACCAAAACCUAUUUCUCUAGGCGCUGGGAAUUCAUCAAAUCAUCCCUUCACCUUUUUUCUACCCAGGCCGCUGGUUCCUUCGCGAGUUAGCGAUGGCACACCCCUAAGCUCCGUAGUUAGCGGUGGGUCAACGGUGGUUAAGCCGACUUCAAGUGCUAGAUCACCAGUUAAACCAGGAACAAUGGUCUUCUCGUUGGUUGGUGGGAUACCGGUAAUUUCUUCUCUAGGUAAUGCGUCUAAUGUUCCGGCAGAAUCAGUGGUUAAGCCGCUAGUUGCCGCAAGAUCUCCUAUACCGCACGCAAGUGGCAUCACGCCAGUUCCCCCGGGGUCGGUAGUUAUGAGACCAGCCAUUACAUCAGGACAGCCAGUUUGUUCAGGCCCAUCAGUUACUGCGGUAUUUACUACGAUAGUUACCACGCCACCGGUUGGUACCCGACCGCUAGUUUAUUCACCAGCUACUGCAGGAUCAGCAGUCACACGGGUAGUCAAUACCAGGGCACUGGUUACUUCAUUACUCAAUGCAGAAUUGUUAGUUGCACCACCACUAACUACAAGACUAGCAGUUAAACCACUGGUUACUACCGGACCAAUAGUUACACCUAUUUCAACCCCCAAUGCUGCCAAUACAACCCUGAUAUCCAGAACUACUCCUGCAACCACAACCCUCGCGUCUGGAACCACUCCUGCCUGCAAAAUCCUCAUAUCCGGAACUACGGCAAUCACAUCCCUCACAUCCAGAUCCUCCUCAUCCAGUACAGCCCGCAUGUUCGGAAUCCCCUCCCCAGCCAGCAUGACCCUCAUAUCCGGAACCCGCGCUACCAGUGCAAUCCUCGUAUCUGGAAGCACUUCCACAACCAGUACGACCCUCGCAUCCAGAACCCCCUCUUCCGCCAGUGCUCUGAAGGAGGCAUGGUUGCUUUUUGGAGGGAGGGACGAGCGGUCUGAGACACCUGGUUCCGUGUGGAGUUGGGGUAGGGUCCCCCCCCUUGAUGAUGAUGAUGACGACGAGGAUGAGGAAGAUGGUGAUGAUAAACGCAGCAUAGAAACCUGGAUGGCCCGGCUAAACAUGCGCGGCUCAUCGUCUGACCCUUCACUAACCGCUUCAGUCGCUUGCACAGAAAGUUUCCCGCUUGCUACUUCGGUGGCUUCUCCAGUCGCUGCCUCGAUGGCUUCUACAGCGGCUCCUUCUUUCGCCAGCACCUUGCUGGCUUCUGUGGUUAAUUCUUCACCGAGUUCAUCUCUACCUUGUGCGGUCAUUUCUUCAAUCAGCCGUUCACUGGUUUCCCCGGCUCUCGCUUCGGCGUCUUCAUUGCUCCCCUCGGUCACUUCCUCGUUGCCAUUGGUGGUCACUUCUUUGCCAUCUUCCGUCAGUUCUCCACCACCUUCGUUCACUUCGAUGGCUGCUUCUUCGCUGCCCUCUCCAUCCUACCCACUGCCUUCAGUCACAUCUUCACUCGUGUCUUCAAUCACUUCAUCGCUGUCAUCAUCACUCCCUCCACUUUCGUUUCCUCCUGCUCCUCCAUUUUCUGCACCUCUUCCGCCUCUUUCUUCCACUCCUCCGUGUUCUUACCUGCCACCUUGUGUCGCCACUCUCCGUGCCCUCAAAACUCUCCUCCAACGCCGACAAACUCUGCUCCUCCAGCAGCAGAAGCAGCAACAGCAGCCACAAGCACAACAUCAACCUCCUCUAGGAGAACUGAGCAACGUUAAUGGCAACACCACCACAACCGCCAUCAUAAGCAGCGGCAACAAUGUUGACAAUAACCGUGUGAAUGUUUCGUCACCGUCGCCGAUGGCGCCACUUAUCAAGGAAAAGUCACCCACUGUAGGAAUUGAGGGUGGUGUCAGUGCUGGGAAUUCGUUGCCAUUUUCUCUUGGGGCUGUGGAUUCUUCACAGAAUUUCAGACAGACCGACCACUGUCUCGACCGCCACCAAUCUCAGGGCCCGCUGGCCCCCAGAGACCGGCAGUGGAGGGAGGGGGACAUUUCCUACGCGUGCCUGCGUCGUCGCUUCUUGGCGACGUUCACGGUUCCGGCCAUUCUGGCGACGACUCCGUUACUGUGCCAGGAUUCAGAAUUCUUCAGGCGUGGGACCAGGCCAAGCGAUCAAGGAAGAGAGGGCAGCAUUCGGGGAAGGGGCAGAGGCAGGGGAAAGGGCAGGGGUAGAGGUAGGAGGAAGGUUGUAGAGAGGAGCAGCAUGGAUGAUGGGGGUAGCAAUUUUGAUGUAAGAGGUGUUGAUGAUGCUGAGGUGAAUGGAGAUGGUGGUCGCCAUGGUGCUGCUGGUCAUAGUCCUGAUUGUGGUCAGGGUCGUGAUGGUGUUCAUGUUAUGGGUGGUGAUAUUUGUUGUGGAGAGGAUGAAGCUAGUGAUGGGGGUAGUAGUGGUAAGCAUAAAGGUGAAAGUGUUGUUAAAAUUGACCAAAGUGUAGAAGCAGUGGGAAACGUUGGAAUUAGAGGCAGGGGUAGGCCAAGGACGAGGGGCAGGGGUAGAGUAAGGGUCAGGGGUGGAAAAAGGGGCAGGCAGGGGAGUAGAGACGGAGUAGGCAGUGAAGUUCAACUAGAAAACGUAAAUAUUUAAUGCCGAUCAAUUGAAAUGAAAUUAUUUGGAGAAGUGCUGGUUCAGUGUCUGACAAAGCCAUUGAGUCCUCCUUAGAGACAGGGCUCCAACCCAAGCACCCCAAUGAUGCCGAUGAAUUGUCUUAGAUACAGCCAUUCUAGACUUUGUACAGAGAAAAGUAACAGAAACAUAGCCAGGUUUAGGCACACAGGUCCUGAGUUCAAGCCCUGGAUUUCGUCUCUCAGUGAAUUUAUAAUGGCCAUGUCAGCGACACCGCGCCAGCACUGCUCGAUAUGAGUCUCGGCAACAUGUAAUGAAUCCAUGUGUUGCGAGUUUGAUGAUGGCACAAAAUAAAAUAGAUCAUUCAUGUGGUUUCCGAUUUAAUGAGAAUCUUGACAAUCCCAGCUGCAAGCACUCAUGAGGCCAACACGGUGCAUAGACAAAACCCACUUGGAUAGUGAAUAUGAAAUGUUAAUUUAACCGGCAAAGCCCAAGUGCGAGGACUUUUUUAGCUGGUCGUACGUACAAUGUGACGAAUUCCAUGUUUGAGUACAUUCUUUCCUAUGUGUGGAAGAAAACCAGAGUUCCCAGAGAACCCAGCAAGCAUUUGAGAUGAUAACACUUAGAGGUAUGCACAGAUAAUUUCACAGGCCCACCUUGUUGUUCCAGCCACUUUGGAUCGCAUCCAGUUUUGAGGCUCACUACUUAUGGUCUUGGUGUGCUGCACCAACCCCUUGUGGGCAUUGUUUGACCUUUCGAAGAGCACAGGGCUAUUGAGGUGUGGGGCUGUCAUGCGUUGGUGAAUGGGUGCUUUUUGUGUGCCUUUUUGAAUAUCCCAUUAAGAAGGAAAAAAAUCCACAACAUUGAAAAUAAAGUUAUAUUUUUUUAUUCAA